AUGGAACCAACCAGUCCCACCCAACAACAACAACAACAACAACCUAGUUCUUCUUAUUCUUCUGACAAUGAAAUUUCUUCCAUCCUUCGCUUUCAAAAUCCAAGCGACCAAGGAACAUUCACUGAACUUCUAUGUCUGAAUCAACAAGAUGAUACAUUCACUCAACUUCUGCAUCCACAAGAUGAUGCAUACACUCAACUUCUGCAUCAACAAGAUGAUACAUUCACUCAACUUCUGAACCAGCCUCUUUUGCAUCAAAAACCUCCUCAUCAUACUUUGAUAGGCAUACACUUGUACAAUUUUGCAGACCCUGAUACUCGUACCAAUGUCCAUAUCCCUACAAUUCCACCAGAGCCACGUGCUCCAUCGUUGCAACAACUCACUCUUAAAGUUCUUGAUAACCAUUCUAAUCCAUUUGCUUUUUUCUCCGCUGUUAGUAACAAACAGAAACAAAAGCUUAGCAAUUUGCUGCGUUAUUCAAGAGAAAUCGAUGGUCGCUUUCUUGAACUACUUCUUACUGGCUCUCCUACUCAUAUUCAGCUCAGAGAUUGUUCCCGGUUCACAAGACUAGAAUUUCUCAAAUAUUUUCGAACUUUGGUCACUUCUGAAUUAGAGGUUCUACAGCUUGACAAGUGUGGUUCCAUUAUAACUGAUGAAACAGUAUCAGAAACAUUAGCAAAACCACAAAACUCCUUGUCGAAACUAACGAGCCUAUCCAUCAUCGGUGCAUACCAGCUUAAUAAUAGAGGAUUGGAGUUACUUGUUUCUUCUGUAAAAGCACUUACAUAUGUAAAUCUAACCAAAUGUGUCAGUCUGACUGCCGCUGGUCUUGACAAUUUGGCUGAUUCAUUUGGAUCAACUCUGAGAGAGUUGUAUAUUGAUGGCUUCAAUUUCUUUAAUACGAAAGGGAUUUUGCAAGCCUUGAAGCGAUUCAAACAGUUACAAGUGCUGUCACUAGCUGGUAUUCGAGAUCUUUCUCACCAGUUUAUCAAGGAUUACAUCAUGGCAUGCGGUUGCAACAUUAAGGUUCUUGUUUUAAAGGACUGCGUAAAUUUGACGGAUCCGUCGAUGAGAUUCAUUGCUAAUUUUUCUCGUACGUUGAAUGUGCUUGAUAUUACGAAUUUGUGCAAAUUGACAGAUUCAUCUCUAGUAUAUUUUAAGAAUAGAUUUCGACAAUUGAGUACUUUGAAGCUCGGUCGCAGUCCAUUUAGUGAUGAGGCAAUUGCUGCUUUUUUGAAGAUUGCUGCUUUUUUGAAGAUUGCUGGCAAAACCUUGGAAGAACUUUCACUUACUAGCAUUGACAAGGUUGGCCGUUUGACAGCCUUGUCACUUGCAAGGAAUGCCAAAAAUCUGCAUACAUUGGAUGUAUCACACUGCCGAAAUCUCACUGACCUUGAUUUAGGUCUCAUUGUCUAUCACUGCUUGUCUCUGAGGACACUUGAUGGACAAUGA